ACUAUGAGUGUUUUCACAAAUGUUGUUGGUGGUGCAUUCAAGUUUUCCGAUGGAUACGAAAUGCCAAAAAUUGGUCUUGGAAUCUCUCGAAUUGAAACUCAACAAGAUUUAGAUGUCUCUAUUGAAGCCGCUCUGAAAUCUGGAUAUCGUCAAUUUGACACAGCCAAUCUCUACAAAAACGAAACGUUUCUUGGUAAUUCCCUGAAGAAAUAUCUACCACAAUUUGGCUUGACACGUGAAGAUGUGUUCAUCACUACUAAAGUUCGUACUCUCAAUGAAAAUACUGUGGAGGAAACUGAGAAACAACUAGCCAAUUCCCUUGCAACUUUGCAAACCGAUUAUGUAGAUCUUCUUUUAAUUCACUAUCCACGUGACCGUGAUACUGGAAACGAUGAUGACUACGAAAUUAACAAAAGUAGAAGGAAAAUUGUUUGGCAGACACUUGAAAAGGCAAAAGAGUCUGGAAGAGUUCGUUCAAUUGGAGUGUCCAACUAUGAAGUUUAUCAUCUCGUUGAAAUGUUUGAGUAUGCAAAAAUUCGUCCAGUCCUCAAUCAAUACGAAUACCAACCGUACUUGACUCGUCCAACUCUUAAAAAGUUCUGUGAUCUGAACAAUAUCGUCGUUCAAUCAUAUUCUUCUCUAUGCUGGGGAGAUAAAGAAAUUCUUCAAGAGAAACCAUUGGUCGAUCUUUGUCAAAAAUACAAUCAGACUCCGCAAGCAAUUCUCUAUGCUUUUGCACACUGCAGUAAUACUUCUAUGAUUCCAAAAUCUGCAACUCCAUCGAGAAUUCACGAUAAUUUACACAAUACCAUAAAAAUCAAAUUGACCGAGGACGAGCUGAAAUCUCUCAGAUCUCUGGACAAGGGAAAAUCAUUCCCACAGAUUGGUCAAACUUGGAGAUGUCUAUAAUUUUUUUUCCAUCUUAGAUUUUCCAUAUAGGUAUUUCUAUUCCGAUGUUCAGCAUUACCUGUUAAUUUUUGUAUGAUAUAAACAUUAUUUAACAU